CAGCCACCCGAGAUGGCGGCGGCCGCUGGCGUCAGAUCGGCUGAGGACCGUAGGACAUCCCACUAAUGACUGGCAUUAUUCACUCACCUGCAGCCCAUGCGAACGACCAAGGACAUGCAACGCUCGAUCCAGAUGCGGAACUAAAUGCCAGAUAUCCACAUUACCUACCUGCUCCGCCUAUGACUUCUUUCUCUGUGGCUGUCUACUCACCCCGGACUUCGCAUACCUGCCGCGCUCCAUCAUGACCGAAGUAGAGGUAGCGCACUUUGGCGCGGAGCUGAAAGAUGGAUUCAAGCCCGUGAACGCCUGGGUGUCGCAGGGCAUUGCGUUCCUAGACGAUGUGCAACAGUUCUACCGCGAGCGCAGCGCCAUCGAGUCCGAAUACGCCAGCAAGCUGCAGGCACUCGCGCGGAAGUAUUUCGAACGCAAGGCGAAGAAGAGCGCUGCGCUAAGCGUAGGAGAGAACCCGCUGGUUACGCCGGGCUCCCUGGAGAGUGCGUCAAUGUCUACUUGGGCAACCCAGCUCACAACCCUCGAGCAACGUGCCGCAGAACACGACAAGUUCUCUAAACAGUUGAUCGGAAGCCUCGCCGAACCCCUCAAGCACCUUGCCACACGCUACGAGGAGCUGCGGAAACUCCACGCCGACUACGCCGCCAGGCUUGAGAAGGAACGAGACAAUUCAUACGCAGACUUGCGCAAGAUGAAGGGGCGCUACGACAGCGUAUGCCAGGAUGUUGAGAAGCAGCGCAAGAAGGUAGACGGCGCUUUCGACAUGAGCAAGGGCAAGGCGCAGGCUUCGUACAAUCAGCAUACCGCGGAGAUGAACAACGUCAAGAACACCUAUAUCAUUUGCAUCAACGUGACCAAUAAGCAGAAGGAGCGAUACUACCACGUAUACGUGCCGGAGCUGCUGGAUUCGUUGCAAGAUCUCAACGAGACAAGGGUAGCGAGCUUGAACAACAUAUGGUUACGGGCAGCUAGUCUGGAGAAGCAGAUGCUCACGACCAGCAUAGGCUAUGUGGAUCAUCUCGCGGCCGAGAUACCGCGAAACAAUCCGUCCUUAGACUCUCUGAUGUUUGCUCGACACAAUGCAAUGGCGCAGUGGCCAGAACCACCAGACAUGGUGUUCGAACCGUCUCCCGUCUGGCUGGACGACGAUGUGCUUGCUUCAGACGAACAGGCCAAAAACUUUUUGCGUAACGUUCUCACCAAGAGCAAGGGCCAGCUUGCGCAACUCAAGCGCGAGGCAGAAGCAAAGCGUAGAGAGGUUGAGGGUGCUCGACGUGUUAGACAGAACAUACGCGCUGGCACCGACAAACGCGACGAGGUCGAGAUUGUAAGGCAGAUCUUCGACCUGCAGACGUCUCUGCACGAAACUGAGCGUCAGCGCGUUAGUGCGGAAGUUGAAAUCAGCACAAUCACGUCUGCAGUGGGGGACGUCUCGAUAGGUGCACGUAACCACAACUUCAAAUCUGAGACUUUUAAGAUCCCCACGAAUUGCGAUCUGUGCGGCGACCGCAUCUGGGGCAUCAACGCCAAAGGCUUCAUUUGUCGCGACUGUGGCUUCACAUGUCACUCGAAGUGCGAAAUGAAAUGCCCUGCAGACUGCCCGGGAGAGCUAGGAAAGGAGGAGAAGAAAAAGAUAAAGGCAGAGCGACAAGAAGCCGCGAAACACAGUGCCGUCAGCGCGAACGGAACAUCUGCGAACGGGAGUUCCACAGACUUGAGCGCGGGCACACCAGCAAGAACCAGUCUGCACAGGAGCGAUACGAUGAACACGUUGAGUUCGGGUUACUCUGCUACGGCUCACAGAAGCGUGAGUGGCACGCAAAGCAUCAGUGCCGCGACAGAUGCGGAUGAGACGGCCGCCGCUCCGGCCAAAAGGAGCUCUACAUCCGCAGUGGCUGGAGGCAGGAGGAAUCGUAUUGUCGCUCCUCCACCAGCGCAGUAUAUUACUGCAGAUCCGGAACCUCAGUCCGACGUUGGUGGCGGGGCUGCAGGCUCGAACGAGCCAAGGGGUAAGAUGAUGUACCCUUACACAGCGGGUGGAGAAGGCGAAAUCAGUGUAAUGGAAGGGCAAGAGGUUGUCAUAGUUGAAGCGGAUGACGGUUCUGGCUGGCUCCGAGUCCGCGCUGGUGGAGAAAUUGGUCUCGUGCCUGCCAGCUAUGUUGAAAACCUUCCUCCUCCAGUGAACACGUCUACUCGGCCUGCUUCAACUUAUAGCAACUCUUCUUCACAUACGGCAUCUUCGUCCACCGCUGCCGCUGCAGCUGCGGGCAGAAAGAAAGGACCGGCGGUAGCUCCACGUCGGGGCGCGAAACGUGUCAAGUAUGUUGAGGCGAUGUACGAUUACGAAGCGAGAACAGAUGCGGAGCACUCGAUGAAGGAAGGAGAUCGGUUCGUGCUUGUUAGCAAGGACAGCGGUGACGGUUGGUGCGAGGUAGAGAGGGGAGGCGUGACAAAGAGCGUGCCAGCAAACUACGUACAGGAAGUUUGAUUGAUUCAGAGGACGGAGCCCGAAGUAUAACAUGAUGAGCUCGUGAGAUAGAAGGAAGGGUUGAGUCUUAUGGAAUGGAGAAAACUCCUGUCUUGGAUAGUCGAACCACAAUCGGACGGCAGAAGCAUUCUUGGAGGCACUAUUUUUAGAGCGAGUAGCAAGAAGAAUCGAAAAAACCUGCUAUCUGCAAUAGCUGAUCGCGGUACUCGUGGCGACUUUGAAGUCGGAACAAACAUG